AAUGCUAGAAUAAAAGCACAUUUUUAUCGUAAUCGUGUAGUUGAAAACUGGCGGAGGCGAAUAUGAUAAUUUUUUUAACUGGCUUGAUAAACUUUUCAUAUAAAUUAGCCCAAAAUUUCACAGAGACCGUUUAUUAGGUGCCGUAUGUUUAUUAACGUAGUGCGGUAACAUUUAACUUCAGGAUGGCUUCCACGCAAACUAUCCAAGAAUGCUUUAAAGGUAAAAACUUAUUCCUGACCGGAGGAAGUGGAUUUAUUGGGAAAGCUUGCAUAGAAAAAUUUCUGCGCUCGUGUCCCGAUUUGGGCAAGAUUUACAUUCUGCUGCGGCCCAAGAAAGGAAAGUCUCUAGAAGAGCGACUCGAGCAAAUUACAUCCUCACCGCUGUUCGAGAAACUGAAGCAAAUGUAUCCUGAUAGUCUAAAGAAAAUUAUUCCCAUCAAAGGAGAUGUGCUAACACUCGGACUAGGGAUAUCCGAUGCAGACCGAAAGCUGCUUAUCCAGGAUGUGCACUUUAUUUGCCAUACAGCAGCAUCUGUUAGGUUUGACGACUUUCUAAAAGAAGCCAUUUUCAGCAACAUAAGAGCCGCCAGGGAAGUGGCUCUAUUGGCGCUGGAAAUGAAAAAUAUCCAGGUUUUCCUGCACAUAUCGACAACAUAUUGCAACAUAGAUGGUAAAACGGUAGUGGAUGAAAUCCUCUACCCUCAGCAUGGCGACUGGAAGGAGGCAAUUCGCGCUGCUGAGUCAAUUGACAAUCAUACGCUGAAUGUGCUCACACAAAAAUUCAUAGAACCUUUUCCCAACACGUACACCUACACAAAACAACUGGCAGAACAUUGUAUUAACGACAUGCUAGUGGGAAAAGUGCCUGCCAUCAUCUGCAGACCUUCAAUUGUGAUCAGCACCUUGGUGGAACCUUUCCAGGGCUGGAAUGACAACUUCAAUGGACCUGUAGGACUGCUGUUGGCUGGAGGGGCUGGAAUCCUCAGAACAGUCUAUGCAGAUCCCGGGUUCAAUCCAGAUUACUUGGCAGUAGAUAAUGUGAUCAAGAUCAUUAUUAUGGCUUUGUGGCACAAGGCAGUUUUAGGACAAAAAUCCAGCCUAUCCAUAUACCAAGCUAGCACAUAUAAGGAAAUGUUGAUGAAGCCCAACUAUCUGGCGGAAACGGGCAGGAAAUUGUACUGGGACGUCCCCUUUAAGAAAAACAUUUGGUACCCGGACGGUUCAGUGACCAAGUAUUUCCAUAUUUUCUAUAUCAAAGUGCUUCUCUACCAUGUACUGCCCGCUCUUUUGGUCGACUUUCUGAUGCUAUUGGCCUGCCGAACUCCAUUCUUGCUCAAAUUGCAAAGGAAGAUCUACAUUGCCAACAUAGCGGUGAGUCACUUCUUGUUAAAGGAAUGGCUGUUCGUGAACGACAACAGCAAACGACUUUAUACGUACCUGCCAGAUGAAGACAAAGAUGCAUUCAACAUCAAUCAAUUGCCAUUAACUGAAGACGACCUAUACAAGUAUUACGCCAAUUGUUGUGAUUAUGCUAGAAGGUAUUUGCUCAAAGAAUACGAUGACAUUAUGGAAGAAACGCGAACUAGGAACAAGAGAAUGUAUUUCCUGCAUUGCUUGACCAAGUUUCUGUUCUAUAGCUGGAUGGCCUGGAUUGUAUUUUACAAAAUAAACGUAGUGAAGAUCCUACUGAUUUCGCUUCGCGACUAUUGGAACAGUUUAUAAGAUUUACUGCCCUAUUUUCCCACUAUUUUUUAAGUUUGCUAAUAAAUCAUGACUGCUGAGAUACUUUUCUUUA